GACCGUGGCGCUGCUGAGAUGGUGCUCCAAACCAUCAGUGCUAGUAAAGGUGAGAUGGGUCCCAUGGUGGCAUCUACUCUGAAACUGGGCAUAGCUAUUCUCAAUGGUGGGAACUCAACCGUACAGCAGAAAAUGUUAGAUUAUUUGAAGGACAAGAAGGACGUGGGCUUCUUUCAGAGUCUGGCUGGUCUCAUGCCGUCAUGCAAUGUUCUGGAUCUAAAUGCAUUUGAGAGGCAAAAUAAAGCAGAGGGACUGGGAAUGGUGACAGAGGAAGGAUCAGGACUUUUACAUAGUACUGUAAAUGCAUAUUAUUGAUGACAAAAACAAAUAAAAAGGUUCUGGUGGUAUAUUUU